UGGAAGAAACACUGGGCCUAACUAAAACUACAUAUGAUGAAAUUAAUUAGGGCCUAGUCUAGUUAGUAGUUAGUUAAGUAAAAAAAGUAAAUAGAAUAGAUCUAGAUCUAGAGAUCUAGACUAGAUCUAAUUCUAAAUUCAAAACAGAACGUUAGAGAAAGAUGCUAAAGCAGCUCAUUAGUGAUGCUUUCUAUGGAGUAAAAGAUUCACUCAGUGGAUGGUAUGUGUGUUACAAGUGUUGGCAUGAUGAGGCUCAUAUGUUGCGAGACACACCACCACCCCCAAAACAAUUUUCCUAUCUUGCAAAAAGGCGCUCUGAACAGCAAAAGAAGAAAGAUAAAGAUGGAACAUUAGUUGAUAUAAUAAAAACUACUGUUAUAACUGCUGGAGUUGCACUUCUGAUCACUUUUCUUAUUGAUGCUGGCUGUUCAUACAUUGCAAGCUUUUUUGGUGAAAACUUAAAAAAAAGUUUAGCAGCCUCAGAAUACAUAUUUGGCAUCCUGUGGUGGUUACCUAGCAUGAUUGUUAUAAAGCUGACCAGCAUCAUCAACAAUAAUGAAGUUGCUGAUAAAGUAUUUCUACAUAAAUAUGGAAAACCAAAAUAUUCAUCAAUUGGUGCAACAAUAAGUGAAUUUAUCUUCAGCAGCAUUUAUCAACUCAUUUUUGUUAUUCAGGCUACCAUAGUUUGUAUUCUUGUUCCAUGGCCAUGGGUUGCUGUUCUGUUAGAUUGGCUACAUUAUUCCCUUUUCUAUGCAUUGUAUGCAUUUGAAUACAAAUGGGCUUUGCUAGGUAUUCCAGGCCAUACACGUGUAGCUCAAAUAGAAAAUAAUUGGCCUUAUUAUUUUGCAUUUGGUCUCCCCAUACAUUUGGCUAUUGGAUGUUGGGAAUCCUUACACACAAGGACAAUGAUUUUCACUUUGAUGUUCCCAUUCAGUAUACUGGGAGCUACAGCUGCCAACCCACCUAGAAAUCAGUUUGUAUUCCCAAUCCAUAUUAUGUUUCCAUCUGUUUACAUCACAAAUGAAGUUUACAAAUGGUUCAGGGGACCUAAAACUGAACAGGAGGCCAGCCAUUCAAGAUAAUGUAAAUGAAAGAAUGUAUUUACUAAUCAUCAUUGUGUAUUGAGUUGAUUUAAAUGUUGAUUGGCCUGGUCUUUCAUUUAAAAUUAUUUUUAACACUAGUCCUUACUUGCUUGUCAUCGUUGUUUUUAAAUCCUUCAGUUAACCACACAUUCUUAGGCCAUAAGUAAGUGGAUGAGCAUUAUUUAAAUAGAAUGCGCUUUGUCAUUGUCUUUUUGUUAUAUGACCUUAAAAUUUGUAAACGUACAUUUUUGUGUCCUUUAUUAACCAUACUUACUUUUAUAUAGAUAUAUAUGAGUAUAUACAAAUUGUUUUAUUCAUACUUUCUUAAACAAAUAUGUAUAUUUAUACUCCAUCCUGUACAUGACAAUGCUCUAAGCAAAUUCCUCUAAAUUUAAUGUAUUAUAAAUAUUUUAAAAUUGCCUGCUGGUCAGUUAAAACAUUGUGAGGUUUAACUAUCAUACUAUUAGUGCGAAAUAUUAUCAAGGUUUUAGCAUAUUUCCUGGCAAAUUGAUUUCUAAGAUAAAUUCAUAGAAUACAGCAAAGAUCUUUUUUAAAAAGUUUAAAACAAAGAAUAGUAACUGACAGUCAAAUAAAUCAUUUCAUUUGGUAAAUCUUUCCACUUCAUGAUCUCAUUUAACUUGGCAUUUGACUAAAAAUAUACCAACAUAUUUCUUUUUGUAAAUAUUGUUGAUGUUUCUCAACAUAAUUCUUGCCACUUCUCAUUGUUAAUCAGUUUGCUUUUUUAAAGUGCUUAAGCAGAGUACCCUUUUGUCAUCAUUCAUCUUUACUGGUAUACACUGCUCAAUAUAGUCCAACUUUUUAUAUUUUAUACUGACAGUCAGCUUAAAGCUGACACUAAUAAAGUACAUGGUAAGAAAUAAUUAUUAUUGCAAAGAUCUUGAGAACAUUAAAUAUCCCAGUGCACCAUGUUCAGAUCUAUGUGUGUAUGUAACAACAAUUGGCCUGAAACUGUUGCAAUCAAAACUGACCACAGCAUCCAGUGAUGGGCCAGUGGUCAUUGCAAACUAAGAGCAAUAUGAUGAUCUGUUUGAUUAAAAUGCCAUGUACUCAUCAACGAAAACUAUUAAAAAUAAUAAUCUAUAGACAAGAGACCCUUGUUUUGUAUACAAUACCGUGAGUGAAUAAAUCAAUCUGUUUUUUUGUCUUCCUGCGAUGACUACGUAAGUAAAACCAAUUAAACAUUAACUUGUCUCAGCCCACUUAUCACAUUUGUUCUUCAAACAGAUCAAUCCAUUGUAUUUCUUUCACAUCUCCACACAUUAUUUGCAUUUGGAAUGGUUGUAUUGUAGUCGUAAAACCUUCAAAGCUUACUUUUAUUUAGCAUUUCUGGUUUCAAUGCAUAAUUAUUGCAAUAAAAUGUCUGCUAUUUGUAA